AUGGAUCAUUCCCAGUGCCUUGUGACUAUAUACGCCUUGGUGGUUCUGCUGGGUCUCCGGCUAGAGCAGGGCUCCUGCCAGCACUAUCUGCACAUCCGUCCGGCUCCCAGCGACAACUUGCCCUUGGUGGAUCUAAUCGAGCACCCGGACCCUAUCUUUGACCCCAAGGAGAAGGAUCUUAAUGAGACCUUGCUAAGGAACCUCAUGGGCGGACACUUCGACCCUAACUUUAUGGCUAUUUCCUUGCCUGAGGACCGGCUCGGAGUGGACGAUCUGGCCGAGCUGGACCUCCUGCUCAGGCAGAGACCCUCGGGAGCGAUGCCCAGCGAAAUCAAAGGGCUGGAGUUUUACGACGGGCUGCAGCCGGGCAAGAAGCACAGGCUGAGCAAGAAGCUGCGCAGGAAGCUGCAGAUGUGGCUCUGGUCCCAGACCUUCUGCCCGGUUCUAUACACGUGGAACGAUCUCGGCAGCCGCUUUUGGCCCCGGUAUGUCAAAGUGGGCAGCUGCUACAGUAAAAGGUCUUGUUCAGUCCCCGAAGGCAUGGUUUGCAAACCUGCCAAGUCCGUGCAUUUAACGAUCCUGAGGUGGCGGUGCCAGCGGCGGGGCGGGCAGAGGUGCACAUGGAUACCCAUCCAGUACCCCAUCAUUUCGGAGUGCAAGUGCUCCUGCUAG